CGACGACGCGCGGAGGUCCUGCACGGGGAGGGAGCGAGCGGGCGCGCGAGAGAGCGUGCGGGACCGGAGAGACCGCUGGCUCUGGUGGGGCAGAACGAGGUUGUGAACCAUGGCUAUGUGGAUACAGGCUCAGCAGCUCCAGGGCGAUGCCCUUCAUCAGAUGCAGGCCUUGUACGGCCAGCAUUUCCCCAUCGAGGUGCGACAUUAUUUAUCGCAGUGGAUCGAAAGCCAAGCCUGGGACUCAAUAGAUCUUGAUAAUCCACAGGAGAACAUUAAGGCCACCCAGCUCCUGGAGGGCCUGGUGCAGGAGCUGCAGAAGAAGGCAGAACACCAGGUGGGGGAAGAUGGGUUUUUGCUGAAGAUCAAGCUGGGGCACUAUGCCACUCAGCUCCAGAACACGUACGACCGCUGCCCCAUGGAGCUGGUUCGCUGUAUCCGGCACAUUCUGUACAAUGAACAGAGGCUGGUCCGCGAGGCCAACAACGGAAGCUCUCCAGCUGGAAGUCUUGCUGAUGCCAUGUCCCAGAAGCACCUUCAGAUCAACCAAACAUUUGAGGAGCUGCGCCUGAUCACCCAGGACACGGAGAACGAGCUGAAGAAGCUGCAGCAAACCCAAGAGUACUUCAUCAUCCAGUAUCAGGAGAGCCUGAGGAUCCAAGCUCAGUUCGCCCAGCUGGCCCAGCUGAACCCCCAGGAGCGCAUGAGCAGGGAGACUGCCCUCCAGCAGAAGCAAGCGGCCACCGUGCGCCUGCUGGUGGGUGGGAAGCUGAAUGUGCACAUGAACCCCCCGCAGGUGAAGGCGACCAUCAUCAGUGAGCAGCAGGCCAAGUCCCUGCUCAAGAAUGAGAACACCCGCAAUGAUUACAGCGGCGAGAUUCUGAACAACUGCUGUGUCAUGGAGUACCACCAGGCCACGGGCACCCUCAGCGCCCACUUCAGAAACAUGUCCCUGAAACGAAUCAAGAGGUCUGACCGCCGUGGUGCGGAGUCAGUAACGGAAGAAAAGUUCACAAUCCUGUUUGACUCACAGUUCAGCGUCGGUGGAAACGAGCUGGUCUUUCAAGUCAAGACCUUGUCGCUCCCCGUGGUGGUGAUUGUUCACGGCAGCCAGGACAACAAUGCCACAGCUACUGUCCUCUGGGACAACGCCUUUGCAGAGCCUGGCAGGGUGCCAUUUGCUGUGCCUGACAAGGUGCUAUGGCCGCAGCUGUGUGAGGCGCUCAACAUGAAAUUCAAGGCUGAAGUACAGAGCAACCGGGGCUUGACCAAGGAGAACCUCGUGUUCCUGGCCCAGAAACUGUUCAACAUCAGCAGCAACCACCUCGAGGACUACAACAGCAUGUCCGUGUCCUGGUCCCAGUUCAACCGGGAGAAUUUGCCAGGACGGAAUUACACUUUCUGGCAGUGGUUCGACGGUGUGAUGGAAGUAUUAAAAAAACAUCUCAAGCCUCACUGGAACGAUGGGGCCAUCUUGGGUUUUGUGAACAAGCAACAGGCCCACGACCUGCUCAUCAACAAGCCCGAUGGGACCUUCCUGCUGCGCUUCAGUGACUCGGAAAUCGGGGGCAUCACCAUUGCUUGGAAGUUUGACUCUCAGGAGAGAAUGUUUUGGAAUCUGAUGCCUUUUACCACUAGAGACUUCUCUAUCCGGUCCCUCGCUGACCGCCUGGGGGACCUGAAUUACCUCAUAUACGUGUUUCCUGAUCGGCCAAAGGAUGAAGUAUAUUCUAAGUACUACACACCGGUCCCAUGUGAGCCUGCAACCGCAAAAGCAGCUGACGGAUACGUGAAGCCACAGAUCAAGCAAGUGGUCCCCGAGUUUGCUAAUGCAUCUACAGAUGCCGGGAGUGGCGCCACCUACAUGGACCAGGCUCCUUCCCCAGUCGUGUGCCCUCAGGCUCACUACAACAUGUACCCACCGAACCCGGACUCCGUCCUUGAUACCGAUGGGGACUUCGAUCUGGAAGACACGAUGGACGUGGCGCGGCGCGUGGAAGAGCUCCUAGGCCGGCCCAUGGACAGUCAGUGGAUCCCUCACGCACAGUCAUGACCAGACCUUGCCGCCUGCAGCUUCAUCGUCCUCGUGGAGGGACUUCCUGUGGAUGUUUUAAUUCCAUGAAUCGCUUCUCUUUGGAAACAAUACUCGUAAUGUGAAGUGUUAAUACUAGUCGUGACUUUAGUGUCUCUGUGCAUAGUGGCACUAGUGAAGGGAGUGCUUGUGAGUGUGAGUGUGUGCCUUUGUGUUUUUUUCCACCCCUGCUGUCCAGUCUAAGCCACCAGCCAGGACAGGGGCUGCGCUUGAUUUUACCAUGUGCAAAAAGGCACGUCAGUUCCCUGAACCCUGGAACCUGGCCAUAUGUCUUAAGGGUGGCUGAACCUUGACACAUGACUGUCCAAGUAAGAGAAGGACAAAGAGAGGAAAAAGCACCCUCCCUCUGGGGAGCCUUCAUUCCUCUGCCAGGUAGUCCAUAGUCCAAGCAAGCUGUCAUUGUCUCUGACUGUUUUCUGAAAUGUAGAUGACUGUCUGUUGAUGAAAGCCAGUGCCUCCUGUGUCCCCUGUUCCCUUUGCAUAAGGGACGGAAAGGGGAGCUCAAUCAACAGUGUUGGGGCAAGGGCAGUCACAGGUUUUUGGAUGGGGAGUGGCUGUUUCCACCACUUCUGCCAUCUUAACACUGGCUCCUUCCCUCUGCUCACUCAGUCUCUGUUUCUAGAACUGCCACUCAGCUUCUGUGUGUGUACUCAAGUGGAGAUGUUUAACAAAAUAGCGGAGAGGAAGGAGGGCCGCCCAGCUCUGAGUGUACAGGUUCAGGUGAUGCCCUGUGUCCCCUCUAUCAGCGCGGUGUGGUGUGCCCAGUCCUGACUCCAGACGCUGGGCGUGGCCUAUCGGUGCCACCCUCCCCCACCCUGUACUGUGGCCAGGCCGUGCCUGCAUUAUCCAAGGCUUUUCUCCAAGCUUGUUGAUAAUGGCUUUCUGCAAACGUCCAGUGGUGUUUUUGUUUCUAAAUCGGGUCUUUAUGUUUUUCCCAUUUGCACCCUAAUUUGACAUCAAAUUUCUCUCUUCCUGUACCAGGUCCUGGGUCCUCUGUACCCAGAUCACUUCAUCUCCCUUCAGUGUCACAUAGUGCCCUGAGGAUUAGGUGGUAGGAAUGGGACCUGCACCUGGGGCUGGCCUGCCAAGCAGGCAGCCAGCACUGUGUAGUGCUGGGUGCUGGGUGCCAUUGGGGACUGGGGAAAUGCAGUCAGCGGGUUUCCUAGGAAGCUUGGAAAACUGCCAAAGCAAAGUGCAAGCCUCGGCAUGAUUGUUCCACAGUCUCCUCUGUAGUGUCUCCAGAAAGAAGGAAGGGGCCGCAGUAGGCCGUUGGGGAGAAGGGCAAGCAGGGAGCGGUUACCACUCAGGCUUGCCAGGCCCUCCUCGGCUUCCUCUCCCAAACAGGGGCAGAGCCACGCCCAGGAGAGGAGCCCCAAAACCUUAUUUUUAUACAUGCAAGUAAAUAAACAUAUUUUUUUUACAAAAAUAACUUCUGAAUUUAUCAGUGUUUUACUGUUAAAGGAAAAUACUCCUGUGUAGUAAAUUAUUUAUUGGGAGAUGAGUUUUUAAAAGCUGCUGUUUGCCUUGGCUUGGUUUUGUACACUGAUCUUUUUCUAUGCCUGGCGGUAGCCUCUCUGCCUCAGGUGCUGGCUGGCUGGAGGAGGUGUGAGGCCCCUCCCUGCCUCCUCAGAAGAAAGCUAGAACUGCCAGAGGAGUCCAGGCUUAAGGGACUCUCCCCUACCUGUCAUGUGGCCGUUUGUCCCAGUAACCCUCACAAGGGUGUGGAAUCGGCAAAUAUCUAGAUAUAUGGUGGACAAGGCCCCAGGUCGUGGGGAGAGUCGAGCAGCCUGGCACCUCUGGAAGGUUCUAAGCUUACUCUCAAAUUGGGUUGGAGAAAAGGGUGCCAAAAAAGUGAGGCUUCCACAUAGUUUUUAAGCUGCCCUGGAUUUCCUGAGGCUGUGCCUGGACCUGGGAGAGGUUUUUAACUGGAAAGUGUGUUUCCAAUCUGCAUGCUGGUCUCUCUCUCUCUCUCUGCCCCACGCCUGCAAAGAUGAGGUGAUGGCAGGUCUCCACCGACCUCUUGCCUGCUCACAGACCCACACGUGAGUCAGGAAAGUCUCAGCUUUGGGGCGUGGCGUGUGUGGGGCCACACACGUGUAGAGGUGGAAGGAGAUUUGAAGUGGCUAUCUCCUACAACGAAAAUAUCCUUUUAUAAUUUUUCUUUUUAACGUUUUAUUUCAGAUACAUAUUUUAGUGUCGAGGCAGAUUAGUAUAUAGCCACCAAAAAGUAUUGUGUCUAAAUUGGGGCAGCCACAAAAUUGUGUAUUUUAUGUUACAAUAAAGGCGCCUCCUGAAGGACAA